UCCUUUGUGUGUGUGUGUGUGUGUGUGUGUGUGUGCAGCGUCUUGUUUUUGUUUUUGCACCCCAGCGCGCACGCUACAGGAUCCCGACAGACUGGGAGCAGUGCUGCACCUUCACCGAGGCUACCACAACUCCCCCCCCCCGGGGGGAUUCAAAACGCAGUAAACGCGGCCGAUCGAUCGCAUCGCCCCAUCCCAAAGCGUGGCGUGUUUUGGGUUUCACGUCGAGUUAGGUAAACGGGGGGGGGGGGAGGGGCGGUGGGAUCUGGAUCUUUCCUACUGAGCGGGAGGGGAACCCACCAGCACGGCAGAGUCGCGCAAACUUUUUACACCACUCAGACGGCAUCUGUUCUGGGGACGGACAGACGGGCGUCGCAAAGGGCGAGGCAAGGAUGAGAAACUCGGCUGAAAUGAGACGCUCGGCCCUCUUGGUGUUCUCUGGACUUUUCCUCCUCGCGCGGCUACCUCCGACAGCCUCCCAAGAGCAGCUAACGCCCGAAGACAACCUUCUAGUGGUGACAGUUGCUACCAAAGAGACUGAUGGCUUCAGGCGCUUCUUGAGGUCGGCCAAGAGCUUCAACUAUACUAUUAAGGUGCUGGGUGGAGGGGAAGCAUGGAAAGGAGGGGACUAUAUGUCAGCUCCUGGUGGCGGUCAAAAAGUACGCCUCCUAAAACAGGCCCUGGAGGGGAUGAGCGGCGAAGAGAAGAUCAUCCUUUUCAUUGACAGUUAUGAUGUGGUCUUUGCUUCGGGCCCCAAAGAGCUGCUGAAAAAGUUCCAGCAAGCCAAACACAAGGUGGUGUUUUCAUCUGAGACCCUAAUCUGGCCCGACAGACACCUGGAGGACAAGCACCCCCAUGUCAGAGAGGGCAACAGGUUUCUGGGCUCAGGGGGCUUUAUUGGAUACCUUCCUAACCUCAAAGAGAUGGUUGCUGACUGGCAGGGAGAAGACCAUGAGAGUGAUCAGCUCUUCUUCACCAAGAUUUAUAUCAACCCAGAAAAAAGAAAAUCCAUAAAUAUCACAGUAGACAACAAAUGCAGAUUGUUCCAGAAUCUGAACGGAGCUCUCGAUGAGGUAGUGCUUAAGUUUGAGGAUGGCCAAGUGCGAGCCAGAAAUGUGCUGUACGAUACGCUACCCGUGAUAAUCCACGGGAAUGGACCGACCAAGCUCCAGAUAAACUAUCUCGGCAAUUAUAUACCAAAAGUGUGGACGUUUGAGAUGGGCUGCACGGUGUGUCACGAGGACCUACGGCCACUCACAAAACUGAAGGAGAGUGAAUAUCCUCUGGUGGUGAUUGGCAUCUUCAUUCAGGAGCCAACCCCCUUCAUCACGGCCUUCUUUGAGCGCCUGCUGAAACUCCACUACCCCAAGAAUAGGCUCAAACUCUUUAUCUCCAACCAGGAAGCUUCUCAUCAGCAGCAGGUCAGCUCUUUCCUGGAGGGCCAUGGAUCACUUUAUAAGGAUGUCAAGUUGAUUGGGCCUGAGGAGCAAAUAGACCUUGCUACGUCACGCAACCUUGGAGUGGAUAUGUGUCGCCAGGACAAGGAUUGUGACUAUUACUUCAAUCUGGACAUUGAAGUGGUCCUAAAGAAUGAGCAAACCCUCAAAAUUGCAAUUGAGCAAAAUCUGCCUGUCAUUGCACCAAUGAUAACUCGGACCAGCAGGUUGUGGACCAACUUCUGGGGAGCACUUAGCGCAGAUGGCUACUAUGCCAGAUCUGAGGACUAUGUGGACAUUGUCCAAGGACGUAGGGUGGGUGUGUGGAACGUGCCCUAUGUGUCCAACGUGUACUUGGUGAAGGCGAGCCUCCUUCACGCCGAGCUCUCAGAAUUUGAGCUGUUCACCUCGGACAGCCUAGACCCUGACAUGGCCUUCUGCCAGAAUGUUCGCAACAAGGGAGUCUUUAUGUAUGUAACCAACAUGCACACCUUUGGCCGCAUCCUGUCAACAGAAAACUACCAAACCCAGCAUCUCCAUAAUGACCUCUGGCAGAUCUUUGAAAACCAAGCGGACUGGGAGGAGCGCUACAUCCAUGAGAACUACACUCGCAUCAUGAGGGACAAGCUGAUUGAAACUCCGUGUCCUGAUGUUUACUGGUUCCCAAUCUUCUCUGACCUUGCUUGCAACCAUUUUGUUGAGGAAAUGGAGCACUUUGGACAGUGGUCAGGCGGUGGUAAUAAGGACAACAGAAUCCAAGGUGGCUACGAAAAUGUCCCCACCAUCGAUAUCCACAUGAAUCAAGUGGGUUAUGAGAAGGAGUGGCAUAAAAUGCUGCUGGAUUAUAUAGCACCAAUAACGGAGAAAAUGUAUCCCGGCUACUACACUAAGUGUAACUCAACCAUGAACUUCGUGGUGAGGUACAAACCUGACGAGCAGCCCCUGCUCGUCCCACACCACGACGCCUCCACUUUCACUAUUAACAUAGCUCUCAACAGCAAAGACAUUGACUACCAGGGCGGUGGGUGCAGGUUCAUUCGAUACAACUGCUCAGUUACUGCACCGCGUAAAGGCUGGGCCCUAAUGCACCCGGGCCGCCUCACCCACUACCACGAAGGCCUGCCGACAACGGACGGCAUCAGAUACAUUGCAGUUUCGUUUGUGGAUCCUUGACCGCCCACGCUACACAUGCUUCGAUUCCAGCAAAGUCACCUGUUUGCUGGUAUUGGAGUAGCUUUACUCUACUUUGCCUUUUUUUUUGUUGUCCCAUUUGUGAAUACGGUUCUGUGAGGGAAAAUAUAGUGGAUGAAAGUGUAGCAGCUUCAGGCCAGAGUGAAUUUUAGAAACCCAUGGUGCUCCAAACACAACGUUCACCCUGUGGUGCCUUAAGCUAAGCUUCUCUCAGGAAAAAUUUCACGUUACAUCUCGGGCUUUUUUCUCUGGUCAAUACAAAUGGAAGGGUGUUAGAACUUGUUCCGAUUUGCUCUAUUUGGGGAUGUUAGCUUAAAAAUUACAAAGAAAUUUGUUCUUAGAAAAUGACAUCCAGUCUUUUAAUUUACAACCAAUGUUUUUUUUAUUCAGUUGCAUAGUUACUUGAAUUUAGACACUCCAAAACAACAGACCCUAAUGUUCACGCACUCUGUCCUAUUUAUUUACCCUGAAUGUGUUUGUUUUUUUAAUAUAUCCCAAAGAUCAGUUUGCUUUUCCAAAUGUGCAAUAUAAGGCCCUGAUAAGAUACCGUGUUGAUAUCAGAACAGUCUUUAAUCUACUUUAUCAGUACUUUUUGGCCAACAAAGUUCCACAAUAUUUGUCAAGAGUUCAAAAUAAACUUAAAUUGUUUUGUGUUAUGUAAUUAAAUAACUGUGCAUUCUACUGAUUUGUUGCAAUUCCAGCAAACCUGACCGAGGUGUAUUUGUACAUGUGACAUGAUCCUCUUCAUCCUGAAAUAAUCUGACUUGAUUGGGUCUUAAUCUCAGUCAAGAUAAUUUCCUUUUAAAUUAAUUCUGCAUAAAAGUUUUAUGCAGUAUUCCAAGUAAACGUUAAAUGAUUAAAUCAUUAAUUUUAUCAACUUUUAAAAGCUUAAAAGUUACAAAAACAAUGUAUUUAUGAUGCAAGAAUACGGUAGUCUGCCAUGUUUUAUUUAAUAAACCAGUUUGAUGUGAACAGGGGUCGUUCUCUCUCCCCCGCUGGGAACCUGGUUGUGCAUCCCCCCUUAGUGACUUAUGUGGACAAUCAUGGGCGAACUAAAUGAAAGUCCUGUACACAGACUGUCUAACCCUAUAAUGUAUGAAAGGCAUCAUUUCUGUUAGUCAUACUCUUUUAAAGCAAGAAUAAAGCCCUUUCUGAUGUCACCUUUUGUGUGUCCUGACAGU